AUGCGCGCUUGCUUGCUCGGAGACGUGUUGUGGGGUUGCUGGGACCUCGGACCGCACGCUGGCUUAAGGAUUCCGUGCACGCUUGGGGGUGACUGGUGCUGCUCGCACACGGAAUGCCAGUUGUCUAGGCAACACACGAGCGCUCGACUACGUUGUGACAUGACACGCUACGCGCGACAUGCAGCAACAUCCGCGCGGCCCACUGGCAACCCGGAGGCUGCCGACAGACAUGAUGCGGCUGCACUCUCACUUGUGUGUGGCACCAUCGACGAAGCAUCUCCCGGUCGCUACUUGGCUGCACGCUGGACUCUAGCGCCUCUCGUCACGGGCGCACGGACCCGACCAUCCCUCGCGUAUGGCUGCUUCCUGUUAGGGCUCGACUUGAGGUUCAAAGGUACACCAAAGGGGUUUCAACUCGGGAAAGCUCCGUCGCGCCAUCACCCUCCCUACCGCCGCCUGCAACUGCACCUUCGCGAGCCGCCGUCGCCGCUGCACUCCUCCGCGAGCCCUCCUCCUCCGGCUAUACACCCAGCAGCAGCGCACCUGAGAUUCCCCGAGUCCAGCAGUGACGUCUUCUUCCUGUUCGUGCGCACCACCAGCCCCAUCGUGCGAUUAACUCCAGCCCUUCGAUCGCCCGUCAUCCCCUCAGUUCAUCGUCGGGACCAUUUAUGCGGGAUUCCUCUGUCCGGGCAAGGAUUCUUCCAGCGAGCAGCCCUCCGUUCACGUGUCGCAGGGAAGGCUCGAGCACCUCUUUUCCCGAUCAGUAGUGGCGUCAUUUGCACAGACGACUCCCGACCAGCCUGA